GCUAUUCCUCCUGAAGUGCCUGCUGAGGCUGAGGUUCAAGAGCCUCAAACCAGUAAAAUUGAAGAACCUCCGAAAGUUGUCAGUAGCUUACCUCCAGAAGAAAAGAAAGAGGAGCCAGAAAUUCCUAAAGCCUCAAGUCCAGUUAGGACAUACAGCAGGCAAACAAGACAAGCUUCCAUUGGAGUUAAACGAACCAUUGCUGCAGUAAUGAGUGGCAGCAGGUCAUUACAGAAGAAAAGGGAAUUGGAAGCAUCAGAAGAAAGUGCAUCUUCUUCAACAAAUCGAAUGGCUACUCGACACUCCCCCAGAAAAGCUCCUCCACAGCCUUUAACAAACAUUUCAGCUCCUGUGACGAGGAGGCAGAAAAGUGUGUCUAAACCAGAUCCUAUUGAUACACCUCAGCAAGGUAAUAUACCUACCAUUUCAAACAGUGAAGCCAGUUGUGACACAGCUGAUAAUCUUCUUGAUAUUUCAAAAGACUUACUAUUUGAUCCUAUCGCUGAUGAUAAAUUACAAGAGCAAAUUUUAGAUGAAUUAAUAUCUACAGAAACUCUUUCUCCUUUCCUAAGACUGAGUCCUCCACCUGGAGCCAGGGAUUAUUUCUUCAAUUUAGAUGAAACUGAAGGAAUGUGUGAUCUGUUUGACUUAUCUCCCUUAUUUUGAUACUACUUUUUUGUAUAUUAUUGUGUGUACAUAUUACAAAGAAAAUAAUGUAAAUAAUUGUUAUUUUAUGAAGCUUUUAGUUUUGCAAUAUGUUUUUAACAAAGAUUAUUUUUGAUUAUUUAUUUUAAAUAUACCAUUAUGCAUUUUUGAUUUGGUUAUUACAAAGGUCAGUCUAUGUAUAUUUUUAUUUUUAAUUUUUUAAUUAUAAUUUAUGUCUCAGUUUUACCACCCUUGAAUCAAUUGAAAAAUUUUUUAUGUAUAAUGUCUUUAAAUACAUAUUUUUAUGAAUUGUUCCUUUUUUCACUACAUAAGUUAAAUUUUUUAAAUGAUUGUAUUCAGAUAAUAGGUACAAUCAAAAAUGUAAUGCAUAAUGGUUUAUUUGCUGUCAUGUUCAUUUUCUUCCAUCUCUUAUAACUAAACUUAGAAACAAAAAAGUGCAUUUUAGUAAAGCGAUGUGUAUAUUUUGUAUGUAAGAUUUUUAUUAAAAAGCUCUAAUAUGUUACUAAGAUAGGAGUAUUUGUGUAAAAACUAAUUUGCUGUGUUGUAAUUUACUGUGAUAUAUAUAUAUAUAUUGCAUUAUUUGUAUAUGAUUUCAAAUAAAACUGAAUGCAAACAUUAUAUUUGUUUAUUAAUAACUUUUCCGUGAAGUGAUUUUGUAUUAUCAUAUGAUUAUUGAAACUUUUAAAGGUUUUUUGUGUUCUUGAAAAUGCAGGUAGCUGACGUGUAAUUGUAAAGUGUAAAAAAGAAAAGACUUAAUUUUCUUUCUUGUUGUUGAAGAUAUAUAACUGAGUUACAUUUUUAAUAUAGAAAAUGGAGCUUAUGUUUUGGUUUAUGUAAUUAAUUGUAUCUUUAAGGUCAGAGUUGAUAGAAGUGGAAGCUUCAAAUAAGCUAUUUUUUUAUGAAUUUUAAAUCUUUUUUGGAAAAUUAAUGUUUACUUUAUUAAUGUAGAAAGGAAUUUAAUUCAUUUAAAAGCUUUUUUAAAAAAAUACUAUAAAUAACAGUAUUUAAAAAGCAAAUUCUUAUUUACUUUCAGUUUGUUUCAUUUAUGCUUUACUUCUGACAAAAGUGCUUCUAUAUGAAGCUAUUGAAUUUUCAAAAAACAUGUUUAGCAGGAUGUCAAAUUAUGAAACUCUUGUAACAAAUGAUUGAAAUUUGUGAAAAAUGGGUUAGUUUGCCAGAUUUGUUUUUUAAGUCAUAAAUGGCAUGCAACAAAGAAUAAUUUAAAUUUUACACUGAAAAUGUUAGGUUUUUAACCGUCACUGAAAUUUGUGUUGAAAAGAUAGGGCUAUGUUUAGAGAUGCCUGAUCAUUUAGAGACACUCGGUUGGUAUACAAUGCACAGAAUUCAUUUUAUUAAGAGUGCCAGUAUGUGUUUUAUGAGUUAGAUAUGCUAGUUCUUUGAAAAGAAUCUUAAUUUUAAUAUGAUUAAUAAUUAAAUAUUCAUUAUUUAAAUAUGAACAUUUGAAGAGUGAAAAGCUAAACUGUAUAAAAACACGAGGAAAAUUGCAUGCUAAUUAGAUACAUAAAUUUGCAUACUUUCUCUGCUUUGUGCUAAUGGUGGUUUUCUGAAAUUAAAAAAAAAAAAAAAUGUUCUUGAAAACGUAUGAUGUAAAUUUUAUUCACCAGUGGGUAUUAAAAAAAUUUACAUAAAAUGCAGUUAUUAUAAAUCAUUUUAUAAUAACUGUAUUUGGUCCAAAUGAAUAAUUUCUAUGGUAAAAAUUGAUUGUCUAGAGUGAUCCUUUUUAGUUAAACAUUGUACCUGUAUAAAAAAAAUGUCAUCUCAUCUAACAUUGUUGGUCUAGGAAUUAGUUAAUACAAAACUUUGGGAUAUUGCGCAUGAAUUGGUGAAUUUCUUGAACUUCAUUUUCUGCACAUUUUUUAUGAGGCUGAACAAAUAUUGGGGGUCCAAAAAGUUACUGUGCCCUAUCAUUAUUUAACUCAUUGCAUUCGUUCCUACAGAAGGUGUUGAAAUUGGUCUCCACUGACCUCCUAACUUGGUUGCAUCCACUUCUGUUGGUGAAGGUUUUUCUCAGGGUAUAUAGUAUUUUUUGGGGAGGGAUAUCAUUUAAGAUUGCAGAGAGUAACUCCUACAGCAUUAUAUGGAUUAUCAGCCAUAACCUUCUCCUUCAGUGUUUUUCUCAGGGAAAAGUUCGGUUUUGUUACGUCAGGUGACCAAGUUGGCCACAGUUCCAGGGAGACUUGAUUUUUGUAUAAUAUUACAAUUAUUUACAUGGUUACUAUAUUCAUUGCACAGAAGAAAAAAAAAAAAAAAGAAUGUCUCAUUUUUAAUUUUAAUGACACAGCUCGUCCAUUUGAUAUUAUUCUGUAUUUAUUUGUAUGAAUGCCAAGUCAGUUUUUAAUAAAAUUAACUUGCAGGUUUUUUUUUAAAAAUAGUAUCCUUUAUUUUAAUUAAUCCACGUAUCAGCCAUUGACAUUAAAAAGUUCCAACCUGCAAGUGAAAUUUACAGAAUCCUUUUCUUUCUUUGCCUUAAAAUGGUAUUGUCUGUUUAAAUUUUUAACUGCAAAAUUAUCUUCAUUCAUUUGUUUUACUGUUAACAUAGUAUUGCAGUAAAUGUGAUUUUUGUACAUGGCUAGAAUCACUGGACUAGUGCAUUAAGGAACUGUAUGACUUUUUUUCAAAUACUAAUUUAAAAUAUUCUAAAUAAUGUCCUUAAUCCAGAAUAAAGUGUUCAAAUUAUAUAGUUUACGUAAUUCAUCCCUAUCUCCAGGUAGUGUUAAGUAAAACUCUAUUUAAUCAAACUUGAAAAGCUUGUUAAACAGCUUCUAGAUUGUUAACAUGUUAUAGCUGCCAGUUCUCCCAAGGGUUUUUUUUUUUUUUUUUUUUUUUAAUCCUGCAUAGUUGAACAGAAAAUAUUUGACUACCCCCAAAAAGUGGUUUAAAUUUGCCUUCUUUUUUGUUAUUGUCUGAAAAACUGAUAUACUGCUUAAGUGACAGAGUAAAACGAACUGAUAUACAUCUGUUUUGACUUGACUGCUGCUAAGCUUAUGAGAAAAAAUCACAUCAUGUUAAAGAAAAAGAAUUCAUAUUUUUUUUAUUCAUCAAAAAUCGUCAUUUUAAAGAUGACGAUUUUUUAAUUGGAAGGUAAUUUUAUAUAACAAAGGUAUAUCCACAAAUAGUAUAAAUUAAGUUCUCAGAACUAUACCGAUACUAUUUCUUGCUUAUAAUGUAAUUCGGACUUCACAUUGUAUGUAUUUAUUAAAUGGGGACUAUUUUUAUUUUUAAACUAUUUAGUUUUUAAAAAAGUGGCGAAGUAAAAAGAUACACAGCACAUUUUUAGCAAACAUAGCAAAAUCAGGCUUUCGUGCAUUAUUAAACAAACUCAAUGGCAUUCUUUUUAAAGAGAAGAACAGCAGCUAGAAUUAAAGUUAUAAAUAAUUUUACUAAAAUUGUUCAAACCAAAAACUAAUUUAAAUAUAUCAUUAAUGAAAUGCAAUUGAUAGCAUUGUAUAAUGCAUCUCAUAAAUUGUUAAAGAUGUUGCUUAACAACUCAAAUUACUUUUUUGGGGGGUGUACCAGAUGCAACUUCCCAAAGAGAAACAUUUGCAGUACUCAGCUGUCCUUGAAAUGCUGGAAAAAAUGUCAAGGAAUACCAGAGAGAUAAACUUGUUUGUAGGCCAUGAAAGAGUGUCCUGAGACUAAUAACAUUCAUAUGAAGGUUUGUAAAGUUAAUUGCAUAUAGAGGUAUAGGGUUUGCCUGAAUGCAUUUUUGUCAUAAAAUAACUUACAAGUUAUCUGUUGCGAACAAAAUGCAAUUUCCAUUUAUUGUCUUUUAUUAGUGAACCAGUUUAAAACAUGCUGUAUAAACAACAUUAAUUAAUAAUCUGCUGUCUUAAGUAUAAUGUAUUGUAAACAUUUUGGAUUUUUUAUGUAUGAAUUAUUUUCAAGUAAUAUUUGCUUUUGUUAUCCAAUUAUUCUCAAUUCCUUCUUGUGUUAUCUUCCUUUGUAACAAUGUGAUGAGUUGGUAAAAUGUACCAAAAAGAAAUUCAGAAAGUAACUUAUUUAGUACUGUAAAAUACCUUAGGGGAAAAAUUACCUUGAGCGCAAAUUAAAGAGCCUCUAAUACUGCCUUUUGAAAAAAAGAUUUAUUGUAGUCCUUAAAUAGAAAUGAACGAGUUAGUGAUUAUACGAUGAGCUAAAUUUCAAUCUUAGCUAGCCUGCCCCCCCCCCAAAAAAAAAAUUAUUGAUUUGUUUCAAAAGUUAAAAAUGCUUAAGAAAUAUCCUUAUUUUUGCAGUAAAAAAAAUUAUGUAGCAGAUAAAUGUUUAAAUAUUUUUAUGUAAAUAAAAAGAAAAUGCUGCUAACUAGAAAGUUUUCGGUUAAAAAAAAUAGCUUCUAUACGACUGAUGUGAUUUAUGAAAUCAGUAUAAGAAAAAAUUGAAGGAAUGUGAACAUGGAAAAAUAAGUUAGAAAUCAUUCUUUUGGGGGGGAGGAGGAAGUUUCUUUUAUUUACGUAAGUUUUUAAGUAUACUGUUUUGUCUUUCAGAGAACGUUUGGAUAAAAUAUAUUUUAUUAAUUUUGUGAUUCUCUUUACCUCAGUAAUAAGCUUGUAAGCUUCGGCAAGUUACUUAACAUUACAUGUGUAUCACUUUUAUGUUAAGCAUUCAUUUAUCAUAAAUUUCAUGUAUAAUGAUUAUUCAUUAUUACUGUCUCUGGAUAUGCAUAUAUAAGUAUGUGAUAGAGAAGCAAAUGCAAGUGGAAAUUCCGAGCUAGUUAAUGAUACAUACUAUCAUAUAGAGCAUAGUAUAUGAUGGCAUAACAGAAAUUAUAGCAGAAAGGAGGGGGGAACAAAUUAAUAAAAUCUGGUAAAGGCUACUAGCAGUGAUUUCAGAUACUUCUGGUUUACUGUGGAAAUAGUGGUUGGUACCAUUAUUUAAUUAUGUUCUUAAAAAUACUUUUCAUUCUGUAAGAUGUGUCGUAUUUUAUGAUGUCUUUCAAUAGCAAAUUAUUCUGUCAGGCGCUCGACAUAUAUCUAAAUACACCAGAGAAUUAUUUUCUAGUCAUUAAUUAGUCUAUAUAGCAUUAAUUACAUUAAUAUAAUUACAAUAUAUGAAAGUGGAAAUUAUGUAUGUAUUUGGAAGAUAUUAAAAUUUUUGUUUUGCUGCUUUCUUUUGCUUUUAUAAUAUGAGGAUGGCAGCAAUGCAAUGUAUCUUUUGCAGUAUAAUUUACAGAGGCCUUUUGAAUUGAUCAUGAUUUGCUCUGUCCAGCUAAGAAAUGCGUUUAGAGUACCAAAGGUUAUUUUCUGAAUUCCAGAGCUGAACGUUUUUGUUUGUAAUUUUGAUCCAUAGUUUAUAGUUAAUUUGUUGCUAGAUUGUGGUUUAGAGCUACUAUAAAGUUGUUUUUGUAUUAACAUGUUUAUUCUUUAAAAGUGUUUUGUCAAUGACUUUGUUAAUAAAAAUGUUUCUGAAGUUUUGCUGUAUCUGAAAA